AUGCACUUGCAAUCCAUAGUUGGGUUUUGGUCAGUGUUUGUGGUUGCUGUUCUACCUGCACUUCCGUGGGUCUAUUCUGCAGUCGAAAUCAAACACUCGAAAGAAAUGAUAUAUGGUCGCUACCUCCCAACUCAACAAACAAUUUGGAACACUAUUUGGAACAGAUGUCAAGAAAAAGGCUGCGAUAAUUCAAGGUUCUAUGUAGAGGAUGGAAUGGCACUGAAUUCUUUCGAAGCCUUUUUUAUGGGUGCCUAUGACAGUUGGGAUGAUCGAGACCUGCUUGCCAAAAUUCUGUGGGCCUACUAUUUGUCGUUUGGCGAGACAGUGAUAUGCAUGCAUCACUGGACUGAAGAGGAUUGCCAAAAGGAGCCCAGAUGCGUGUCUAGACCACGCCUGCCUUGCCCUGCAUUUGAACGCAGCGAGCAUGGCGAAAAAGAGCUUUUUGCUCGCUCGAUUCAGUCUGCCGCGGGUCGCAAAUGUACUCCAGGACAAUGCCAGCUAUGGACCUAUGGGUUUCCAUCAGUGAUUCAAGUCAAAGACGGCAACAAAUCAUUGGAGCUCAUCUUUAACACCCAACAUACUAGCGACUGCACCAACCCCAUCCGUUUUAAUACUAUUGCUCAGUUUAUUAGGGCAAACGAAAAGUCUUCAGAUCGUUAUAUUCAAGCACUGGGCAAUUUACAAAACACCGAUCAAUGCACUUCAAGCUUGCAUACAAGCGUAUAA